AUGCCGGAAAAGACCUCGGUGCUCUUCGUCUGCCUGGGCAACAUAUGCCGCUCGACCAUGGCCGAGGGCAUCUUCCGGCACCUGGCGCAGAAGCCCGAGUGGAAGGACAAGAUUGGCCGCGUCGACUCGUGCGGGACAGGUGAGGCUUCUUCAUUCCCCCUGCAUCGUUUUGCCGCGUUCCGGCUAUGGCGGCGGCAGUGGCUUUUUUCUCUGGCUGACGAUUGGGUUUACCCCUCCACCGCAGCGGCGUACCACACGGGCGAGUCGCCCGACGACCGCACCAUGGCGACGCUCGAGGAGAAUGGCAUCACAGACUACGACCACGCCGCGCGACGCUUUGCCACGUCCGACUUUGACAAGUUCGACUACAUCUUCGCCAUGGACCGCUCCAACCUGUCCGACCUCGAGCGCCUGCAGCGCGGCAACCCGGACGCCAAGGCCCGCGUCGUGCUGUUCGGCGAGUACAGCGGCACCGGCAAGGCCGAGGUGGUCAGCGACCCGUACUACGGCGGCGACGCGGGCUUCAAGCGCGCGUUCGAGCAGUGCUCGCGGUUCGCGCGCAACUUUCUCAACGACGUGGUCGGCGGGGACGAGAAAUCGGCCUUGUGA